AUGAGGGUCCCUGAAGAAGCUCUCAAGCAUGAGAAAUUUACCAUUCAGCUUCAGUUGUCCCAAAAAUCUUCAGAAUCAGAAUUAUCAAAAUCUGCAUGUGCCAAAAGCAUAGAUUCAAAGGUAGCAGAUUCUGCAACAGAAGUGCAGCACAAACCUACAGAAGCACUGAAAUCUGAGGAGAAAGUUGUUGAUACUUCUGCCAUGCCCCGUGGUACUCCGUUAUAUGGGCAGCCUUCAUGGUGGGGGGAUGAUGAGGCGGAUGAACAAAGACCUUUCAAGUUAAAUGGCAAAGCCGAAGAGAAAAAUCACGAAACUGGAACAUCAGGGUGCAGCGUAGAUGUCAAGCAAGUUGAAGAACAAUCUGCAGCUGCAAAUGAAGAAGUACUUUUUCCUUUCUGUAGAGAACCAAGUUAUUUUGAAAUCCCUACAAAAGAAUUUCAGCAACCAUCACAAAUAACAGAGAGCACUAUUCAUGAAGUCCCAACAAAAGACACACCAAGUUCUCAUACAGCAGGUGCAGGGCAUGCUUCAUUUACCAUUGAAUUUGAUGACAGUACCCCAGGGAAAGUAACUAUUAGAGAUCAUGUGACAAAAUUUGCUUCUGAUCAGCGCCACAAGUCAAAGAAGUCUUCUCCUGGAACUCAAGACCUGCCAGGGAUUCAAACUGGAAUGAUGGCACCCGAAAACAAAGUAGCUGACUGGCUAGCACAGAACAACCCUCCUCAGAUGGUAUGGGAAAGAACAGAAGAGGAUUCCAAAAGUAUUAAAAGUGAUGUUCCAGUUUACUUGAAAAGGUUGAAAGGAAACAAACAUGAUGAUGGUACACAAAGCGACUCAGAAAAUGCUGGGGCUCACAGGCGUUGUAGCAAGCGCGCAACUCUUGAGGAACACUUAAGGCGCCACCAUUCAGAACAGAAAAAACUACAGAAGGCCCAGGCUACUGAAAAGCAUCAAGACCAAGCUGUUGUAAGUCAAACUGCUUUUAUGAUUGCAUUCUUUGAUGAAGACAAUCCCAGAAAAAGAAGGUCCUAUUCUUUCACUCAGAGUACGGGAAUCUUGUGUCAGGAAACUACUUAUUCAGCACCACAUACAAAACUUGAAAAAACAAAAUCUCCAACAGCAGAUGCCAAAGUGGUUUCUUUGUCUUUACAGACUAGCUCUGCGCACCACAGAGGGGGGCAUGGUGUCCCGCAUGGGAGAUUGUUAAAACAGAAAUCAGAGGAGCCAUCGGUGUCAAUUCCCUUCCUACAGACUGCAUUGUUAAGAAGCUCAGGGAGUCUUGGGCACAGACCAAGCCAGGAGAUGGAUAAAAUGUUAAAAAACCAAGCUACGUCUGCUGCCUCUGAGAAGGAUAAUGAUGAUGACCAAAGUGACAAGGGCACUUACACCAUUGAGUUAGAGAAUCCCAACAGUGAGGAAGUGGAAGCAAGGAAACUGAUCGACAAGGUAUUUGGAGUAGAUGACAAUCAAGAUUAUAAUAGGCCUAUUAUCAAUGAAAAACAUAAAGAUCUGAUAAAAGAUUGGGCUCUCAGUUCUGCUGCAGUAGUAAUGGAAGAAAGAAAACCACUGAGUACACCUGGAUUUCACAACUCAGAGGAAGGUACAUCUUCGUCUGGAAACAAGCGUUGGGUUUCACAAUGGGCUAGUUUGGCUGCCAAUCACACAAGGCAUGAUCAAGAAGAAAGAAUAAUGGAGUUGUCUGUACCUGUUCCUUUAGAGCAUGAUACAGAUAUCAGUGAAUCUGGCAUUUCACUGAGAAGUGCUGGCUCAGCAGCUUCCCUGGCUAGUCAGGGAGAGAGAAGGAGACGAACCCUUCCCCAGCUUCCAAGUGAAGAAAAGUCUCUUGAGAGCUCCAGAACAAAGGUUAUAGCACAGAGGUCAGAGAUAGGAGAAAAGCAAGACACGGAGCUUCAGGAGAAAGAAGCACCUACACAGGUAUACCAGAAAGAUAAACAAGACACUGACAGAGCCUUGAGUAAAAUGAACAGGGCAGUGAAUGGUGAGACUCUUAAAAAUGGUGGCGAUAGUAAAACCCUGCUUCACUUAGGCAGCUCUUACUCUGGAAAGGAGAAAAGUGAAACUGAUAAGGAAGCAUCUUUGGUAAAGCAAACAUUAGCUAAAAUCCAGCAACAAGAACAAAAGGAACAGGCACAGUGGACACCUACUAAAUUAUCUUCUUCAAAAAACAUUGCAGGUCAGAUAGAUAGAUGUAGGGAGGAGUCUUUUAAGCAGGAGUCACAGCUUCAAGAAAAAAUUCCAGGACUUUCUACAGGCAAAGGAGAAAGAGCAAUACAGAAUGAGGGUAAGAGAAGAAAAGCUGAGGAAACUCUGAAAAGUCAGACUUCAAAGGGAGGAGACAAGAAGGAAUCCUCCAAGUCAUUAGUGCGACAAGGAAGCUUCACUAUAGAAAAACCUAGCCCCAACAUACCCAUAGAACUUAUCCCCCAUAUAAAUAAACAGCCUUCAUCAACACCCCCUUCCUUAGCAUUAACAACAGCCAGCAGAAUAAGAGAAAGAAGUGAUUCCAUGGAUACUGAUUCUAGUAUGGACACAACCCUUAUUCUAAAAGACACAGAAGCAGUAAUGGCUUUUCUAGAAGCUAAACUGCGUGAAGAUACUAAAACUGAUGAAGGCCCAGAUACUCCCAGCUAUAACAGAGACAACUCCAUUUCACCCGAAUCUGAUGUGGACACAGCUAGUACCAUCAGUCUGGUUACUGGAGAGACUGAAAGAAAGUCAACCCAAAAGCGAAAGAGUUUCACUAGUCUCUAUAAAGAUAGGUGUUCCACAGGUUCUCCUUCCAAAGAUGUUGCAAAGUCGUCAUCUUCGGGUGCCAGGGAGAAAAUUGAAAAAAAAACAAAAAGUCGUUCCGCAGAUAUAGGUUCUCGGGCAGAGGGUCGUAAAUUUGUGCAGUCCAGUGGAAGAAUAAGGCAGCCUUCAGUAGAUUUAACAGAUGAUGACCAAACCUCUAGUGUACCUCACUCGGCCAUCUCUGAUGUUAUGUCAUCUGACCAGGAAACUUACUCUUGUAAAUCUCAUGGAAGGACUCCACUUGCCUCAACUGAUGAGCAUGCACAUUCCAAACUGGAAGGAAGUAAAGUAACUAAAUCUAAGACUUCUCCUGGAGUACCUGGUUCGUCCAGUAAAUCCACCACUCUCCCAAGGCCACGACCUACCAGGACUUCCCUCUUGCGCAGAGCCCGACUUGGUGAAGCUUCGGACAGUGAACUUGCUGAUGCUGACAAAGCAUCUGUUGCUUCUGAAGUGUCCACAACAAGCUCGACAUCCAAACCUCCCACAGGAAGGCGUAGCAUUUCUAGGAUUGAUUUGUUGGCUCAGCCUCGUAGAACAAGGCUUGGCUCAUUAUCGGCUCGCAGUGACUCUGAAGCAACGAUCUCUAGAAGUAGUGCCUCUUCACGGACCGCAGAAGCCAUCAUUAGAAGUGGAGCCAGAUUAGUACCUUCAGAUAAAUUUUCUCCUAGAAUUAGAGCUAACAGUAUCUCUCGACUAUCCGACUCCAAGGUCAAAAGUAUGACCUCAGCACAUGGCUCUCCUUCAGUAAAUUCAAGAUGGAGGCGCUUUCCUACUGAUUAUGCUUCCACCUCAGAAGAUGAAUUUGGAUCAAACCGUAAUUCCCCUAAACAUACCCGUCUACGUACUUCUCCAGCCCUGAAAACGACUCGAUUGCAGAGCUCUGGGUCAGCAAUGCCUACUAGUUCUUCAUUCAAACACCGGAUAAAAGAACAGGAAGACUACAUCCGAGAUUGGACUGCCCAUCGAGAAGAAAUAGCCAGGAUCAGCCAAGAUCUCGCUCUCAUUGCUCGGGAAAUCAACGAUGUAGCAGGAGAGAUAGAUUCAGUGACCUCCUCAGGCACUGCCCCUAGUACCACAGUAAGCACUGCUGCCACCACCCCCGGCUCUGCCAUAGACACUAGAGAAGAGGUAGGAGAUCUUCAUGGAGAGAUGCAUAAGUUAGUUGAUCGUGUUUUUGAUGAAAGCCUCAACUUCCGAAAGAUCCCUCCAUUAGUUCAUUCUAAAACACCAGAAGGAAACAACUGUCGGUCUAGUGACCCAAGACCUCAACCAGCAGAGCCUCCUGAUCACUUAACAAUUACAAGGCGGAGAACCUGGAGCAGGGAUGAAGUCAUGGGAGAUAACCUGUUGCUCUCAUCCGUCUUUCAGUUCUCUAAGAAGAUAAGACAGUCUAUAGAUAAAACAGCUGGAAAGAUCAGAAUAUUAUUUAAAGACAAAGAUCGGAAUUGGGAUGAAAUAGAAAGCAAGUUAAGAGCUGAAAGUGAAGUCCCUAUUGUGAAAACCUCAAGCAUGGAGAUUUCAUCUAUCUUACAGGAGCUAAAAAGAGUUGAAAAGCAGCUACAAGCUAUCAAUGCUAUGAUCGACCCGGAUGGAACUUUGGAGGCUCUGAACAACAUGGGAUUUCCCAGUGCUAUCUUGCCAUCUCCACCAAAACAGAAGUCCAGUCCUGUGAAUGACCACGGCAGCCCGGGUCAGACACCGACACUUUGCCAACCAGAAGCUAGGGUUCUUCAUCCUGCUGCUGGUGCAGUCUCAGCCGAAUUUGAGAAUGCCGAGUCUGAGGCUGAUUUCAGUAUACAUUUCAAUAGGUUCAACCCCGAAGGGGAAGAGGAGGACGUUACAGUACAGGAAUGA